UUUAACAUUUACAGGUUUAUUAUUUGGGCGUCUUCUAUUACAGUUUACAGGUUUCGUUAAAGCUCUCAGAGAGAUUUCUCGAUCUUGUUGGUUGCUUAAACAAUCUGUAACUAUGGCGGUAGAACCAAAGGCGACGACUGAGGAAGUAAAGAUGGAUCUGUUCGAGGACGACGAUGAGUUCGAGGAAUUUGAGAUCAACGAAGAUUGGGUGGAGAAAGAGGAAGUGAAGGAAGUUGGUCAGCAAUGGGAGGAUGACUGGGAUGAUGAUGAUGUCAACGACGACUUCUCGCGUCAGUUAAGGAAGGAACUUGAGAGUAGUACUGAUAAUAAAUGAGAUCAGAACAAGAAUCUUAAGGCAUGUCUGUCUUUCACAUUUAAGAACUUUCAAUUUGCAUCCUUUGGUUGAUAGUUACCAUGUACUUGUUCUUUUCCUUCGCACAUUUUACUCUUGGAUGCAAUUAAGGUAACGAAUUUGAACUGUUUUAUCCAUUUAUGAUUAUGAUUGUGUUUGCUAA